AUGGCUAGAAUAAAUUUUUGUCGUUCUUUGCCUAAACAAAAGUUGCGAUUUCUAUGUGAAUUAUAUGAAAACAAAGAAUAUGAUAUACAUAGUCUCAAGAACAAUUGUGUUCAUACAAUAUUUCAUGUAAAUUCAUGUAGGUUCACCAAUUGGCUAAAUGGCGGAAAGAUUACCGGAAGUGUAACAGAUCCACAUGAGCUGAAGAUCUUCACAGAUGAUUCACAAAAGGUACUCGUGGUAUAUCCUUGCUAUGCGAUUGCCAUGCGAGGUCGGGGUUCCCUUUUUAAUACACCAUUAGUGUGGUUUUGA